CCCACCUCCGGCCGGCGAGAGCGGAGCAAGGGGCAGGGCGCGCACCUUCCCCGCCGCCGCCGCCGCCGCGAUGGCGCUGGCCGACCUGUACACGCAGUACAACAGAGUCUGGAUCCCCGAUGCUGAAGAAGUUUGGCAAUCUGCUGAAAUUACAGCUAAUUAUAGGCCUGGAGACCAUAUUCUUCACCUCCAGCUGGAAGACAGCACAGAGCUGGAUUAUCCAGUGGAUCCUUCUGCUUUGCCGCCUUUACGAAAUCCGGACAUUCUCGUUGGAGAAAAUGACCUCACAGCCCUUAGCUACCUCCACGAACCGGCUGUUUUACACAACCUUCGAGUUCGUUUUGUGGAGUCCAGGCUGAUUUACACCUAUAGCGGGAUAAUUUUGGUCGCCAUAAACCCUUACAAAGAGCUGCCCAUUUAUGGGGAUGCCAUCAUUCAUGCUUACAGUGGUCAAAAUAUGGGAGACAUGGAUCCCCAUAUCUUCGCAGUAGCGGAAGAGGCUUACAAGCAAAUGGCAAGGAAUGACCGAAAUCAGUCGAUUAUUGUAAGUGGGGAAUCAGGAGCUGGCAAAACAGUUUCUGCUCGAUACGCCAUGAGAUAUUUUGCGACGGUCAGCAAAUCUAGCAGCAACGCUAAAGUCGAGGAUAAAGUGUUGGCAUGCAAUCCGAUAACAGAGGCAAUUGGAAAUGCUAAAACUACUCGCAACGACAACAGCAGUCGCUUUGGAAAAUACAUGGAAAUCAGUUUUGAUAAGAAGUACCAGAUCAUUGGGGCAAACAUGAGGACAUACCUGCUCGAAAAAUCUAGAGUUGUUUUUCAGUCAGAAAAUGAAAGAAACUAUCACAUAUUCUAUCAGCUGUGUGCAUCGGCUCAGAGACCCGAAUUUAAGCAUCUUCAGCUGGCAAGUGCUGAAGAAUUUAAUUAUACUAACAUGGGUAGAAACACCACAAUUGAAGGAGUGAACGACCGUGCCGACAUGAAGGAAACUCAGAAAACUUUCAGCCUGCUAGGCCUGAAGGAAGAUUUUCAGAUGGAUGUUUUCAAAAUACUCUCUGCUAUUCUUCAUUUAGGCAAUGUGCAGAUCAGUCCCGUUGGCGAUGAAAAGUCUUGUGUUAAUGUGGAGGACAAACAUCUUAAUAUAUUUUGUGGGCUCCUGGGAGUCGAAAGUGAUAAAAUAGCUCAAUGGCUUUGUCACAGGAAAAUUAUUACUACCUCUGAAACCGUAGUAAAGCCAAUGACGAAACUCCAAGCUAUAAACGCCCGAGAUGCUUUGGCCAAGAAGAUUUAUUCUCAUCUUUUUGAUUUCAUCGUGGAACAAAUUAACAAGGCCUUGCAGUUUUCAGGCAAACAACAUAGCUUUAUUGGUGUUCUGGACAUUUAUGGAUUUGAAACCUUUGAUCUGAAUAGCUUCGAACAAUUUUGCAUCAACUAUGCCAAUGAAAAACUACAGCAACAAUUUAACUUGCAUGUCUUUAAACUUGAACAAGAAGAAUACAUGAAGGAAAAUAUCCCAUGGACGUUAAUUGAUUUUUAUGACAAUCAACCUGUCAUCGAUCUGAUUGAAGCUAAAAUGGGCAUUCUAGAACUUUUGGAUGAAGAGUGCUUGCUACCUCAAGGAACUGACGAAAAUUGGCUCCAGAAGCUAUAUAAUAAUUUUAUGAACAAGAACCCUCUCUUUGAAAAACCAAGAAUGUCAAAUACUUCUUUUAUUAUCCAGCACUUUGCUGACAAGGUAGAAUAUAAAAAUGAAGGAUUUCUAGAAAAAAACCGGGACACUGUGUAUGAAGUACUGAUUGCUAUCUUGAGAAACAGUAAGUUUCGGCUCUUUGCAAACUUCUUCCAGGAUGGUCCAGUCCCUCUUUCCCCAUUCAACUCUGCAAUCAAAGUUAAGUCUGCAAAAACAGUGAUUGUGUCACCUAACAAACAGUUCCGUGCAACUGUUGGAAGUAAGUUUCGCAGUUCCUUAUAUUUAUUAAUGGAGACUCUUAAUGCCACCACACCACAUUAUGUCCGGUGCAUAAAGCCAAAUGAUCAAAAGUUGGCAUUUGAAUUUGACUCCAAAAGAGUGGUCCAGCAAUUACGAGCAUGUGGGGUGUUAGAAACCAUUCGUAUUAGCUCUCAGAGUUACCCAUCAAGAUGGACUUAUAUUGAGUUUUACAGCCGCUACAGCAUUCUCAUGUCUCAAAGUGAACUUUCUCUCACGGACAAGAAGCACAUUUGCAAGAUGGUUUUGCAGCGGCUAAUCCAGGAUCCAAGUCAAUAUCAGUUUGGCAGGACCAAGAUUUUUUUCAGAGCGGGGCAGGUCGCCUAUUUGGAAAAAGUGCGAUCAGAUCGCCUGAGGCAAGCAUGCAUCAUGGUUCAGAAGAACAUCCGAGGUUGGCUUCAAAGGAAGAAGUUCCUCCGCGUCAGACAAGCGGCGGUCAUCAUACAACAAUACUUCCGUGGACAGAAGUCUAUACGGAAAGCUAUAACUGCCAGGGCCCUGAAGGAAACCUGGGCUGCCAUAGUUAUCCAGAAAUACAGCCGAGGAUACUUAGUGCGUAGACUUUGCCAACUCAUCCGUGUGGCUGCUUUGACGAUCCAGGCCUUCGCACGAGGAUUUCUAGCGAGGAAGAAAUACAGGAAGAUGCUUGAAGAACAGAAAGCUUUAAUCCUCCAGAAGUACGCCCGGGCAUGGCUGGCCAGACGCCGAUUCCAGAGCAUUCGCCGUUUCGUCCUGAACAUCCAGCUUUCAUACAGAGUCCAGCGGCUGCAGAAAAAACUGGAAGAACAGAAUAAGGAAAAUCAUAGUUUGUUGGAAAAGCUGACCUUCCUUGCUUCAAGUCACUCCAGUGAUACGGAGACCAUUCAAAAACUUCACCAGGAUCUUGAAAAAUUAACCGGGCAGAGAAACAUAUCUGAAGAAAAUGAAAGGAAGAACAGGGUGGGCUAUGAACAGAGGGUCUCAGGACUUGAAAAGCACAACUUAGGGCUACAGGAAGAGAAGAAGAAGCUGGAAAAAGAACUUCAAAAGAAAACAGAGGAAAUGAAAGAUAAACUGGAUAAUUUGACGAAGCAAUUAUUCUCUGAUGUUCAAAGGGAGGAAAGGCAACGAAUAUUAUUGGAGAAAAAUUUCCAGAGCCAAAAACAAGAUUAUGAAAAAAGGAUUGAGUUACUCAAUGCAGAAAUAAUGCUUCUCAAAGAGGAAAAUGCUCAGCUGCAAAAUCAGAUUCAAGAAAUGCAACAAACCCAAGAUGGCUUAAAAACAGAAAUAGAGGAGCUUUCAAACCAAAUAAAGACAAUCCCUGAAUUGCGAAAAGAAAUAGACUUCCUUCAAAUUCAGAAACUGGAUGCGGAGAAGCAACUACAAUUCCAGAAGCGUGAAAUGAGAGAGAAGAUGUCCGAGAUUACAAAGCAACUCUUGGAAAGCUAUGACUUUACAGACGUGAGGAGCAGGUUGUCUCCUGAAGACUUGCAGCAUUUGAAUGAAGAUGGUGAACUCUGGUUUGCCUAUGAAGGCUUGAAAAAAGCCACACGAGUUUUGGAAAAACAUUUCGAGGAUCAGAAGGAGCACUAUGAAAGGGAGAUAGAUGAACUGAACGCUAAAAUAAACCAUCUGAGUCAAGAAAUCACCCAUCUACAGAAGCUCUUCAGGGAGGAAAACAACACCAAUGAAUGUAUCCGUCUCCAGGUUGUCAGGCUAACCUCAGAGAAUAUGAUGAUGCCUGACCUUAAGCGGCAGGUUUCUGAACUUCAGAAGCAGAAGCUGGACCUUGAGAAUCGUCUUCAGGAUGAACUUGCCAAGAAAAAUGAGAAAAUGGAAGACACAAAAGAUUGGACACCUCAAAGCCCAGAAGAGGAACGCUCACAAAAACAAGCUUUGCCGCUUCGAAAGGUCAUGUCCACUAAAGGAAAGAUGGUAGCCACGUUUCCAGAGUUUCAACGGGACAGUCUGGAGAACCAGUCUGAAAGAGCAAAUGGGACUGGAAGCAAAAUAUGGCAGGAUGUGGCGUAUCUCACCAUGGAAAACACAGAUCUGGAAGAAGAGCUGGAUAAAAAAGACCGGUUGAUAAAGAAACUUCAGGAUCAGAUCAGAACCCUUAAAAAAUCCAUUGAGACAGGCCAUGAAGAAUCCCCGUCUUCUGUGCUGAGGGAAUACCUGGGGAUGUUGCAGUACAGAAAGGAGGAUGAACCAAAAAUCGCUCAAAAUCUGAUCCUUGAUUUGAAACCCCGUGGAGUAGUUGUUAAUAUGAUUCCUGGCCUGCCAGCUCAUAUCCUCUUUAUGUGCAUAAGAUAUGCGGAUUACUUGAACGACGACAGCAUGCUGAAGUCCUUUAUGAACAUGGCCAUCAAUGGCAUAAAACAAGUCAUUAAGGAACACGCCGAAGACUUUGAGAUGUUGUCCUUUUGGCUUUCCAAUACCUGCCAUUUUCUUAACUGCCUGAAGCAGUACAGUGGAGAAGAGGAAUUCAUGAAGCACAACACACCACAACAAAAUAAGAACAAUCUGAUCCACUUUGAUCUGUCCGAAUACAGGCAGGUUCUUAGCGAUCUGGCCAUUCGUAUAUAUCAUCAGUUCAUCAGUGUAAUGGAGACCAGUAUUCAGCCAAUGAUAGUACCAGGAAUGCUGGAAUAUGAAAGUCUCCAGGGGAUUUCGGGCUUAAAACCAACGGGAUUUCGCAAACGUUCUUCUAGCAUCGAUGACACAGAUGCUUACACUAUGACCUCCAUCUUGCAACAGCUCAGCUAUUUUUACACAACCAUGUGUCAGAACGGCUUAGACCCGGAGCUUGUAAAGCAGUCCGUGAGGCAGAUUUUCUUUCUCAUCGGAACAGUUACUCUCAAUAGCCUCUUCCUUCGGAAAGACAUGUGCUCUUGCAGAAAGGGCAUGCAAAUAAGGUGCAACAUCAGCUACCUGGAGGAAUGGCUGAAGGAGAAGAACCUGCAGAGCAGUUCUUUCAAGGAGACUUUGGAGCCUCUUGCGCAGGCCGCCUGGCUUCUUCAAGUCAAAAAGAUCACAGAGGAAGAUGCCAAAGGGAUCUCGGAGAACUGCACAACCCUCUCGGCUAUGCAGAUAGUAAAAAUCCUCAAUUCCUACACUCCCAUUGAUGAUUUUGAGAAAAGGAUAGCUCCAUCCUUUGUUCGUAAAGUCCAGGGAAUGCUGAACAAUAGACAGAAUUCCACCCAACUGAUGCUUGAUACCAAAUACCUCUUUCAAGUAACAUUUCCCUUUACACCUUCACCACAUCCACUGGAAAUGAUAGAAAUCCCCAGCAGCUUCAAACUUGGCUUCCUCACUAGAAUAUAGUUACAAGGACUAAUGCAUUAUAAAUUCACUCUUUCCCAAAGAGUAAAUGCAGACUGUUUAGUAAUGCUACUGCAUCAGCAUAAAUCUUCUGAUGAUGAUACCUAGUUUGCAGCACUGAUGAUAUUACCUGGUUCGGUAAUGAAAGGUCUGUAGGAAAACUCCUGAGCUCAGAGAGCACCACGGACUCAACUGUAAAGCUUUUUUUAAAAUGGGCAUUAAAUCUGGGGGAGCAAUAUGGACUUCAGAAUGUAAGAAAUGGAAUACUGCAUAUUCGGUUAUCCUGACUCCAGGCUAGCAUUUCUUAAAUCUUAGCAACUUUAAGGUAUGUGGACUUCCAACUCCUAGAAUUCUGACUGGCUGGGGGAAUUCUGGGAGUUGAAGCCCACCCUUCUUAAAGUUGUGAAACUCUGCUGUAGAUUCUUCCAUAUCGUAUCGAGACCUACCCAAUUUUAAUUUAUAAUUUUAUCAAUUAAAUUUAUAAAUACGUUUAUAAUGAAGGAUUUCUUCCAUAAUGAAGGACUAAGGAAGAGUUUAUUUUAACCUGUGGCAUUUGGAACACAGCUUAUAGAAUGGCACUGUUGUAAAAGUAUGGACUAAGACAGUGGUUUUGUUAGAUGUUUCGUAUGUGUGUGGCAUGUGUAUAAUGAUAGACGGUGCCACCGAUGAAAUGACAGUAUUCCACUAGAUAUUGUGUGAAGUCAUUGCCACACAGAUAAGCUAACUUCCUACUUAGCUUUUUCUAGGUCAUCUAAAACUGGCUAAAUGUGUAUUUUUUACAACUUUCAUCUUUCAUCAAAAGAAUUAAUCCUUUGUAUGUGACAAAGGGGGCAAGACAUUUAUAUGCACAACAGUAGAAAGAUAAACAAUUCCCACCACUCAAACGUGGAAUUUGAAAUUAAUGGAAUUGGUAGAUAUGGCAAACAUGAUUAUUUUAAUAAAAGAGAAAGGUAUAUUCAGUUUUGCUUCUACGGUGGUACCUUGGUACUUAUCCUUAAUUGGUUCCAAAUAGUGUGUGAUGCGUACCAAAAACGAUGAGAACCAAAUAAUUUUUUCCCAUAAGGAAUAACAUAGUGAGUCACAAGUUCUAGCUUAUGCGUUGAGUAUCAAACAAAGAAUGACUACUUGGACAAAAUUUUCACCUCAAAAUGUGUUGAGUACCAAAUUCGACGAGUUUCACUGUACUUGGAAACCAUUUAUGGGCUU